CGAACCGGGUCAGAGAGACGACAGGCGGCGUCCGUCCGCCCCGAUGAUGACAGCUCAGACUCGUCGGGAUUGGAUGACCUCCCCGUAAAUUUCCUGAGUCCUCCCAGCCCUUUUUUUUCCUUCAUUCCGCCCCGCACGUCCCUGAUUUCCUGCCGAAGGGAGACGGACUGGGAAGAAGUUUCCUGGGAAUCUGCGGCACAGCUCGGCUCGGCACAGCACGGCUCCCGGCCAUUGUUCGUGUUUGCUCUGAGGAGAACAAAGAUCCGGGAAUCAUGGAGAUGGUGAAGAAGAAGAUCCAGAGCCUGCAGCUGCAAGUGGAUGAGGCGGAAGACCGGGCGCUGGCGGUGCAGCGGGAGCUGGACUUCGAGAAGGAACUUCGGGAGAAAGCGGAGGGGGAGGUGGCGUCUCUGAACCGCCGCAUCCAGCUGGUGGAGGAAGAGUUGGACCGCGCUCAGGAGAGACUGGCCACGGCCCUGCAGAAGCUGGAGGAGGCUGAGAAGGCUGCUGACGAGAGCGAAAGGGGCAUGAAGGUGAUCGAGAACAGAGCCAUGAAAGACGAGGAGAAGAUGGAGAUCCAGGAAAUGCAGCUCAAAGAGGCCAAACACAUCGCUGAGGAGGCCGACCGUAAAUACGAGGAGGUGGCGCGUAAGCUGGUGAUCCUGGAGACGGAGCUGGAGCGGGCCGAAGAACGGGCAGAAAUAUCAGAGCUGAAGUGCAGCGAACUGGAGGACGAGCUGAAGAACGUGACCAACAACCUGAAGUCUCUGGAGGCUCAGUCGGACAAAUACUCUGACAAAGAAGACAAAUACGAGGAGGAGAUCAAAGUCCUGAAUGACAGACUGAAGGAGGCGGAAACCCGAGCGGAAUUUGCAGAAAGAACCGUGGCGAAGCUGGAAAAGGCCGUAGAUGACUUGGAAGAAUGCCUAUCACACGCAAAGGACGAGAACAUGGAAAUGCAACAAGUCCUGGACCAAACGCUGCAGGAACUCAACUGCUUGUGAAGCACCGAGAGAAGCGAUUGACAGCAAAGAAAAACAAAAAAAAAACGGCUCUCUUUUUGUAAAAGACUUUUUUACUUCUUGAUCAUUUCUCCUUUACCUGGUAAACACAAAUAGCCCCUUUUAUACCCAUUUGUUUCCUUUUGUUUCUCUUCUUUUUGAUGAAAAUGGUUUGGGGUCCGUGCCGUUUCCAUUUCUGUGUUGGAAACGGUUGUAGACCAAACUGAGCACAAAUAAAGCUGCUGAUGAUGUCGGCCUUAA